AUGUUGCGAAAUGCUUUACAUAAGGUCUCCAGGACGUACUCCCUGGUUGGAAAGCGUUACCUGAACCUUCAGGAGUUCCAGAGCAAAGAAAUACUGGAUAAGAAUGGAUGUACGGUCCAGAAAUUCUUUGUCGUCGAAAAUUUCAAGGAUGCUGAACGGAAGUUCGACGAAAAUGGUAAGGCAACGUUAAUUUUGUGAUCUAUUGGACGUUUAGGGUACGACGAGUAUGCUGUGAAAGCGCAGAUAUUAGCCGGAGGGCGAGGAAAGGGACGGUUUAUUGGUGGACCUAAAGAUCUCGGUGGAGUUUUUAUUACAAAAGAGUAGGUCAACUUUGAGAAAACUAUUUUUGUAUUUUUAGCAAAUCAGCUGCCAAGAAAGCUUGCUCAGAGAUGAUUGGCAAACGAUUAGUUACUGCACAAACUGGGAAGGACGGAACUCUUGUCAAUAAGGUCAUGGUAGCAGAUUCUGUUCAUAUUUGUCGAGAAACCUAUUUAGCUUUGCUUCUGGAUCGGGAAUCAAAUGCCCCAGUCGUUGUUGUGAGCGCUGCUGGUGGAAUGGACAUCGAAGAAGUGGCCGAGAAACAUCCAGAGAAGAUUAUAAAGGUAAUAAAAAAAAUUUUUUUCUGUAUUUCUUUAGGAAUCGAUUGAUAUACGGAAGGGAAUUACUCGAGAACAGAGCUUAAAAUUGGCGACUGCCUUGGAAUUCAAAGGAGAACUUAAAGAGAAGACUGCCGAUGAGAUUGAAAGAUUGUAUAAAUUGAUGUUGAAGAUUGAUGCAACACAAAUUGAGAUCAAUCCGUUGGCAGAAACCAGUGAUAAAAGAGGUAGUUUUUUUCCCUUGCAUUAGAGCUUAAUUUAGUGUUCUGCAUUGAUGCAAAACUGAAUUUUGAUGAUAAUGCCGAAUUUAGACAAAAGGAAAUAUUUGAUUCGGCCGCCGAAGAUGACCAAAGUCAUGUAAGUAUUACCUAAACACCUAAUUAUGUUAGUAGGAUCCUCGUGAGGUGAAAGCCAAAGCUUGCAAUCUCAAUUUUAUUGGUCUGGAUGGAGAUAUUGCCUGUCUUGUAAAUGGCGCAGGCCUGGCGAUGGCUACCAUGGACAUGAUCAAGCUAAGUGGUGGGGAACCCGCUAACUUCCUUGAUGUUGGAGGUGCGGUUACAGAAAAACAGGUGUGUCAUAAUUUGUUGAUAAAUUUUUAAUAUCAUUUUGACUUAGGUUUUCGAAGCUUUCCAAAUUCUAACCUCAAGUCCUGACACAAAGGCUGUUCUAGUUAACAUCUUUGGAGGGAUUGUGAAUUGCAAAACAAUUGCAUCUGGAAUCAUCGCUGCCGUAAAGAAGGCCGGUCUUCAAGUUCCCUUAGUUGUGCGAUUAGAGGGUACCAAUGCCGAAGAAGCUCACAAAAUGUUAAAGGAGUCUAAGUUACCCCUGCAAACCGCCCAGAACUUGGUUACAGCAGCUAAAAUGGCAGUCGAAGCAGCCUACGAAACAUCUUUGAAGAAGAUGUCGGUAACGGCGUAG